GCCUAUAUCUUGUUGUUUCAAAAUUAAAGCAGAGGUGCCCUCCACGACCACCUCACGUACCAAACGGAUUAGCUUUCCUACCAGUAGGAUAUAAAACAAUGGCUUCUGCAUCAACCUCUCAGGUGUCCCAUCCGGUCGUGUUCACCACUCAGACCCCGUACUCCCUCCCCUCCCAAAAGUUCAUGAUACCUGCGUCAUGGAAGCGGUAUCAACUUUCUCAGCUCGUGAACAAGGCAUUGUCUCUCCCAAAACCUAUUCCAUUUGACUUCUUAGUCCGAGGGGAGAUCCUCAGAACUACUCUGGGAGAAUGGUGUGCGGAAAAAGGGAUCGGAGAGCGUAUGUCAUGGUCGUAGUACUAAUUUUUGAUGUAGGAAGAAACCCUCGAAAUCGAGUACUUCGAGUCCAUUAUGCCCCCACAGAGAAUGUCUUCGCUUCCUCACGAGGACUGGGUAUCGUCUGUCUCAAGUAGGUUAUCUAGUCACUUCCUAACGGCAUCAUACGACGGCCAACUCCGAGUAUUCGACUACUCUCAAAAGCUUCUCCGCACUGUACCUCUGCACGAUGCACCGACCACUUCUCUCGCGAUCAUCCCAAGUGAUCUUGCCGGCUUCGCAGAAAACACGCAUCUCAUCGCCAGUGCUUCACAUGAUCUCACAGCCCAUCUCACCAAGCUCUCGCUCUCCGACUCUUCAGACUUGCCUUCGCACCAAAUUCUGGCUUCACUGCACCUUCAUACCGCUCCUUUAUCCUCUAUCUCUGCUAAUACGUCUGGAAAGCACCUGCUUACUGCUUCUUGGGAUGGCCUCAUCGGUCUUUGGGAUACCCUUGUUCCUUCUUCGGACGAAGUUCCCUUGGAAGAACCUCAAGGGGGUGAGAGAAAGAAAAGACGGAAACUCGGGGAUAGUGAAAAUUCCAAGCCCAAACGGAAGGCGCCUUUGAACGUCUUGAAAAGUCAUACCGCGAGAGUGUCGAGAGCAUUGUUCGCACCAAGUGGUAAUCAGGCGUAUAGUACUGGUUUUGAUUCGACUAUUCGGACAUGGGAUGUUGAGAACGGUGUAUGUUUGAGCACAAUUACCGCUUCUGCGAAACCUUUCCUAGACCUUGCGCUCACUCCUUCGGGAACAAGCGUACUGGCGGCCUCAACCGACCGCACUGUCUCCCAAUAUGACAUUCGUGCACCAGAGUCCGCGGCCACACCCUCCUCUGCGACGUUCAUGCACUCCGGCACGCCUUCCUGCAUCGCCGUCCCGGCUAGCGGGUCAGAACAUCAGUUCAUGACUGGUGCUUACGACGGUGUAGUGAGAUUGUGGGAUUUGAGAAGCACCAAGGGUGCGGUGACGAGCUUCAAGGUUUGGGAAGCCAAAGGUGGCGGCAAGGUCUUGAGUUUGGAUUGGGGCAAUGGUGUGGCUGUUAUUGGAGGCGAGGGAGGUGUCGAGGUUUGGAAAGCCAAUCAGGGGGAUCGCAGUGUGGUGUCUUCAAACUAAUGUUCACUUUCACGACAGCUCAAAAGUACUUAACUACGUUUGUUGGUCCACUGAGGUGAAUCUUGUCUUAUCUUGUGAUAUCUGAGAAGUAAGGAGCACGUUACAAACGAAACUCAUCUAUGGUAGUUAAAAUGGUUAACAAUAUGCAGUGAAAGAAGUGAGCUACAACGAAAGAGGAACGCUCCCGAGACCACACGGACCUUAAACAGAAUGCGAAGACUGGAUGUACAAAUAUGAAGGGAAAAAAAGAUACAAUGAGGCGGCAGAAAGGAAGUCAUAUAUGGGUUUAUAUCUUAUGGACCUGCAGACAAGCCGGGGAAUAGCGUCAAUAGAGCAGAGGCCUCACUACAGGUUGCUGUAGAGUCCCUGGUCUUUGCGCAGUUUGGUCAUAG